CCUUUUGUUAAUCAGUAGCAUGUGUAUCUUUAUGAUAUACGAAAGAAAGAAAUAUGUGAAGGCGAAAGAACAACAUUUUAAAGAACAUGGAGGUUGGAAAUUACUAGAAGAAAUCAAAGGAAAGCAAGGCCUUAGAUUUAAGAUAUUCAAGAUAAACGAACUAGAAGAGGCAACAAAUAAAUUUGAUGAGACUAGAGUCCUUGGGCGUGGAGGGCAUGGGACUGUUUAUAAAGGAAUUUUGGAAGAUGGUCAUGUCAUUGCAAUAAAAAAAUCAAAGUUUAUUGAUGAGAGCCAAAAAAAUGAAUAUGGAAAAGAGAUGCUUAUCUUGUCACAGAUCAACCACAAAAACAUAGUCAAGAUCUUAGGUUGUUGCCUUGAAGUGGAGGUUCCUAUAUUGGUUUAUGAGUAUGUCUCCAAUGGAACCCUUCAUCAUCUAAUCCACGAAAAAAGCAAGAUAUCUCCCUUUUCCUUGAGUGCUCGCCUAAGGAUUGCUUAUGACUCUGCUGAUGCAUUGGCCUACUUGCAUUCAACAGCUUCACCUCCAAUCAUUCACGGAGAUGUGAAGUCUUCCAACAUACUUUUGGAUGAAAACUACAUGGCUAAAGUCUCAGAUUUCGGAGCUUCAAAGCUAGUGCCUAAAGAUGAAAAUCAGCUUGCAACCUUGGUGCAAGGAACUUGUGGUUAUCUAGAUCCUGAGUAUCUUCAAACAUGCAAACUAACUGAUAAAAGCGAUGUUUAUAGUUUUGGUGUUGUUCUUCUUGAGCUAUUGACAGGUAAAAAGGCAAUUUACUUUGAAGACUCUCGACAAGAGAGAAAUCUUGCAUCGACUUUUCUUUUGUCUAUGAAGGACAAUCGACAUUAUGAGAUCUUGGACAAUGAAGUAAAAAAUGAAGGAGAUAUACAACUAAUUCAAGAACUCAGUGAUCUUUGCAAGCAAUGCCUAAAAAUUAGUGGAGAAGAAAGGCCUACCAUGAAAGAAGUUGCACAAGUGUUGAACAGAUUGAUGAAAUUCAAGCAGCAUCCAUGGAUACAGGAGAAUAAUGAGACAAAGAUAUUACUUGUUUAA